GUGUGGAGACUUUAUGGUUGAAUUUGUAUUUUCCAUCUAGGUCGUGACGUGCCUGGUUGGUGGUUAGAAGACAUUUUUGUCCUAGUGACCGGAGCAGGAUAGCGAGUUAGUAGCUUAGUAAGAUUACCCGUUCUUUUUGUACAAACGCGGGGACGUGCGGGUAUUGUCUAGUGGUCGGGAUAAUUGGUUAAGACAAGACAUACACUCUCCAGCAAGUGGUGAGCGAUUCCCAUACGGGAGGCGGAGGACACUUCCGCCACCGGACGGUUGUGGAAUCGUUGUCGGAAUCGUACGAUGGCUCCCUCGCCAGAACAUGGACAGCCGAAAGCGCCCGACAAACCUGGUACAGGUGAGGCACACCAUGUCGGACCAUCGACUUCCGGCGAAGUGACCGAACGUACGUGCACCACAGCCGCUCCUGCAGGAAGUGCUAGCAGUGAGACAGAUGUUAAUAAUAGCUCCAAUACGGUAGGCGGUACCACGAACUCUUCAAUCAACAGUAGCAACAUGAAGGCUGGUACGAGCGCAGCCCCGAUCGGUGUUCCGCCCGUCAUUAGUACGAUGGCCAUGUCGGCUGCAACAACGACCACUACCACCACUCCGGCUACGGCAGUGAAGGUAUCGUCGUCGUCAACAUCAUCAUCCGCCCUAAUGCCAACAUCUGCCGCAGCAUCCGCCUCCAGUAGUAGCCAUGGUAAAGGUGCGGAAGGCAGUAAGAAUUCGUCAUCAUCCAGCACCGCCGGUAACAACAAAGACACCCUCCAGCAGUCGUCGUUUGCACAGGAACCGCUCGCAACCAUGAAUGAAGAUGCUCUAAAAGCUUUGCUGGAUGAAGCGAUCACUUACAAAUGCCCGAAGGAUCGUGAACAUAAAAGCGCGACAUUUAAUGAACUGUUGAGCAAAACGGAACGCGAAGAUCAAGAGCAAAACUUUUCCUUCACCAGUCGACCAGUACACAGCAAACGAGCCUCUGCCCGUCCGACACAGGGCGGUUCACUGCAGGACAUAACAGAAGCCACUAAGCAAGAGUACGGAUACACAGAGUACUGUUCCGGUUCGAGUCUGUCUCACAAACGGCAUGGUGGCGGCGGCCAUGGUGGUUCCCGCAGCAAGCGUCAAAUAUCGUCGGUUUCCUCGAGGCAGCGAGAGGGUGGCAGUCUGCCUAGUAACGUGAACGAAACGACCACACCGUCCUACAUCAGCGAGCAACCGUUCCUGAACGAAGUGCGCCGACCGCUCAAAUCGACGUCGGCAAAGUUUUCCGCCAAAAGCAACGAUUACGGAGCGCUACUGCAAUCGGCCCCGCUUAAUGCGAUCGGAGCUAGCGAUUGGGGCGGUAUUGGCGGUCUGGCUGGUGAGGAAUCUCAAUCGAAUGCUGCCGGUGGUGAGACCGGAGUUGAAAGCACGAGUAUUGGUUUUAUACGCGGUGGCGGGGUCGUUGUUACGGGACCUUCAGCAGCAGCACAUACUGUCAUCAAUAUGGGCGAGCUGGAUUCGGACGAGGGCCCGUCCGGUAAUCGAGGCUUCCGGGAGAUAUUUUCUGGUCACGCGAACAACGCACUGCAACAGUUGUGUAUGUUUGUGUCUCAGAGCAAUCACUACGAAUCCAGCGCGGACGAAAUCGAGAUGAUGGGUAUGGGCGCUUCCGCAAACAGUACGUCUGGGACCGGUGGCAUAGGUUGCAGUGCUGCGGGCGCUGGCAGCAGCAGCGGGAUCGGCGGUUCAACUGUGUCCACCGGAACAACCAUUACGUACGGCAGCUCGGGAGCAGAUACGUACGGCAACGGGGGCACUAAUAGCAACAGCAGCACAUCUAGCAGCAUCAGUAGCAGUAGCGGGGCCAACCUUGUAGGAACUCCAGGAACUGGCGCAGGACUUUCUUCGGCAAAGAAAACGUUCUGCUACUCUAAAGCACAGUACACGACGCAGGCAUGCCUGGAAAUAGGCCAGGCAACGAAUAGGCCGUCGGCGGUGCAUCAUGUUGAUACGACCGUUUCGUUACCGAUGCUAGAGGCAGUUCAGCUCGGUUCCACAUAUCCGGCGGUAAAGUGUAUGAUAGACAGCAGCAAAGUGGAUCAGUCCACCAUUAAGUCGGUACUUUCGUCAAGCAAUCAGUUCAUAUCGACAACGAGAAGUAGCCUCACUUAUCCGACAAUACAGCAAAAGUUUGAUGAGAAUGGAAACUCAGUUUCACAGUUUGGCGGUAGCGGAAGCGGCGGUGGUCUCGGUUCAUCCGGCAGCGGCAAUCAGAUGGGAGUCGGUGGUUCCAGCAGUGGCUCUGGAAGCAAAAAACCUCGUAAACCUAAAUCCGAUCGCAACACGGUAGUGGUUGUGCCAGAAAAUAUAGCCGGCUACCGGGGCAAAUCCGAUAUCGAGGCCCUCGUCAGCUACAUCGAAAAUACUGACAAUGAUAAGUCACACCAACCUCAACAUCAACUAUCUCAGCAGCAACAAUUGCAGCUUCAGCAGCAGCAGCAACAGCAAUCGUCGCAACAUUCGUCCUCCAAAGGUGGUAGUGUCGGUGGAGCCAACAAUGCGCCCGGUGGAGCUGGAGGUGGAGGAAUAAACUCCAAAAAUACCAACGCCAAACAGAUGGGUAUCGCGAGCAACAGCUUAACGACCGGUAGCUUAGGAACGGGCGAUAAUGGAGGGGAGGAAAAAUCGAAACGGAAGAAUGAUAAGAAACGUGAUCGCGCGGCCAAAAUAAAGAAGAGCAAUUCUCUCGAAGAGCUAAGCAGUUGUAGCCGGAAAAAGGUUGAGGAAGAAAACACACGACAGAAUCAUGUGGAAAAGGCCCGUGCACAGGAAACAGAUCCGGCCGUAACGUUGCGUAACAGCAAAUCGAAAAAGUCUGCCCAAACAGCGAAUACCGGCAGUAGUAGUGGUGGUGCUUCCGUUGCAUCUGCAUCGAAUCUAGCUGGAACGAAGGACGCUAGUGGAGGGAAACGUUCUGAGCGAAGAUCCUGGGGAACGGAAGAGUUAAGUUUCUUUGGCAACGACACAACGGCUGCGUCAUCGAUUCAGGUGAGUGGCGACGAUGGUGGUAUGUCAACGACUGUUGCUGCCCCAGUUGUUGGUGGAGGAAAGGGUAAAAAGGCCAAAGAGCAGAAUGUAACAACUGCUGUGCUGAAUAGCAAUAACGGCAGUAGGAAUAGCAGCUCCAUCGCAACCGCAUCCGAUGUGUGCGCUGCGGUAAAUCAUAACAAUAAGAAGCGCGAUUCAUUACGUAUGUCAGUGGAAUCAUUGUCGGCCCUUGGCGGCAGCGUUGGCGCUAGUGGAGAAUCGUCCGAUUUUCUCGUGGUAACGAAAAAGAAAAAAACGAAGAAGAAGGCUCAAACUCUUGGUUCGGAGGAUGUGAGUAAUUCUAACUCAGCAGGUAGCUCGUUGAUCAAUCGGCGAUAUCAAGGAGCGGGACCUAUUGCUGGCGGAAAUUACGGACGAAACGUAUCCAACAGCGGCAACAGCGGUGGUAUGGGUAGUACUGGCAAUGGUGGUAACGGUGGCAGGUAUCAGCCCAGCAGUCAUUUCACAGCAGAUCGCGAGGUUUACAUGAACAAUGAUGUAUCGAGACGAAAAUCGACGUCCUCUGUGCCACCUUCCGAAAAGUCGGAUUCGAGCGAUGCCGAUUCGGUCCAUUCGUUACCGAUUGAAACGAACGCGUCCCGUAAGCAACAGCAGAAGCAACAAAAUCAACAGUCUAAAGGUAAAAGCAAUCAACAACAGCCACAGCAACAGCAGCAGACUAGUCAGCAGCGGCAGGGUUCGGGCUUAGCGGCAACAUCCCAGUCCUAUGCAGCAAUUGCACGGAUUGCUAACGUGGAAAAAGCUGGAACGGGUGCCAGUGCGAGUGGCGGUGGUUUGACUGCAGGUAUUGGGGAUGGUUCGGGUAAUCAUGCCGAAGGCAUCUCGAACGCGUCCACCAACGUGAACAUGAUACAAGAUCUUAACUCAUCGGAAGCCUUCCCGCAACUAGUCGAAUCGCAGCAAUUCCAUCCGCAUCACCACUCUCAAUCGUCAUCAUCAUCGCAGUUGUCGGCCUCGUUGUCGUUGGGCCAACAGCAAGUUCAGCUGCAAUCACUAUCGCAUGUUUCGUGCAAUAAUAGUGGCGGCAAUGUACAUAGCAGCGCUCCAAAUACCAAUAGCGCCGUUAGCAAUAGUAGCAUAAGUAAUAAUAGUCAUACACUAGGGAGUAGUACCACAACACGGGCGACGUACUCACAAAGUUUGCUCACGGCUGUGAACAACUCGAGCGAUGAGAGUAACAAACAGCUGCUGUACGCUUCGACCAGUAGUGCUGCCUCGGGUACAGCAUCAGGAACAAACGGCAACAGCAGCAACGAAAUCGGUGGAUCAGCGGUUGCAAACAAUGGAGGCCAUCCAUCGAAGAGCGUUCCUGACAGCACCAAAGCGUCACUUCAUAAGUCAAAGAGUGUCGAUAAUAAUGAUAUCUACUACUCGAACGAACAUUAUCCAGCACUGGAGAAAACGGUUAAGAGCUACCAUCAUACCAGGGCGAACAACACUGCCGAUCCUAGCGCAGUUGGAUCAUCUGUUGUGAACCCCACCAAUGUUGCCAAUAGUAAAAAUGCAUCGAAGACAUCAGCUACGGUAGUAUCCAGCAGCUGCGCAAAUUCCUCAUUGAACACGUUAAGCUUUGUUCAGGUAGCUGCUUCUACUGUAUCCGGUACACAAUCGACAAUGUCUAGUGCCGUUGCGACAGCGAACUUAACCGGUACGAAGAAAGGCAAAGCGAAAAAGGAUCUCAGUGGAAACGUAACGGUAACUACGCCUACGCUAGCACAGCAUACAGAUGCUGAAUCUGUCAGCUGUAACGAAUCCUGGAAUCAUGCCAGUGCGAUGGUGAUUGAUACUGACUCACACACUAGUACCAUGCUACCGUUUGAUACGCGAAGCCCUAUGAAUGGUGGUCCGGGUGUAAAUACUAUUCACUUCAUUCAAACAUCGCCCCAACCUCAGCAACAGCUUGGGCCCGUGGCCGGAGGCAAUUCAUCUGGAGCACAGAAUGUUGGUUUGGCCACGAUAACGACGACGACGGGAUCGUCGUCAACAACGGGUAAGCGGCAGAAAAAGGAGAAACAUCAGCAUCACUCCGUCUCCACGUCCGUGGCAGAUAAAAAGACGGGAGGCAACCCGGCCAGUUCGAAUACGUCAAGUAACAAUCCCAACAACAAUCAGGUAAUCCGAAACAAGAAUCGUCCUGCCGUAAUAAUCGUGAACGACAACGAACCAAAGUCGAACGAAUUUACGUUUGGGUUCGACAUCGAUCAGGAACUGCUUUUUGGCGACUUUAGUGAGGAAGAUCGUAAGCUGCUCGAAGGUGAUGACAAUUGUCCCGAACCACCGAAAAGCAAGGGUAAACAGCAGCGCCGUAACAGUGCAGCAACAGGUGUCGAUCAUCUGGUUCAGCCACAGUCGGUGGUGGUUUCGCCGAACAACAACAGCAGUGCUGCAGUACAAACAACGGAUCUCGAUUAUGCGCUGGUGCAGCAGCAACAAUCAACUGCCUCCUUAUCGCCAACUGUGACACUAAAUGAUACGCGCAGCAGUAGUAUCAGCAAGGUGUCACCUUCAUCAGGAUCCUCAUCCGUUUCGUCUUCAUCGGCUUCCCUCUCGUCGGCUACUACGUGUAACAGUUACCAACAGCAGCAGCAACAACCUUCACUGCCGAUGGUACAAAUGGCGAUCGUUGAUCAACCGAUCGAGGCAACUGAAUCGCUUGCUGAUGCGACGGUGACGGGAACGAACAUAUACCAUCCGCCUCCACCGGUUGCUUCCACGUUGCUACUACGUGCGAUCUACACACAACCCCCUCCCACUCUUCCACCACAACAUCUGACCCAACAGCCAGCGCCAUCGGUCACCUCGACCAGGCCAGUACGACAUCAUCAACAGCAACAGCAACCGCCACUGCAUCACCAGCAACAUCAUCACAACCAGUACGCUCUUCCACCGCCUGUAAUGACACCAGUGGCUGGUGCUGUACCAACGGUAACCGCUACCGUGGCAGUACCGGUUAAUGAUGUGAACGCGAACGCGGCUGCCCCACCUGUGGUUGCGGUACCAACGGGUCAUCUCAUCACCGUUCCUCCACCACCCCUAUCGUCUACGCUGGCAAUUGUUCCAACCUAUGGUACGGCGGUACUUUUGCCGGCUGCACCUGCUCUUCCACCAGUUGCUGGUACUGCACCGCUCGUUGUUCCUGCUGCGGCUACCACCGCGCUAAUCGUUGCCCAACCGCCAGCAAGUAGUAAAGAAUUUGUCGUCAGUACACCACCGACUGUGCUGAACGAUGUAACAAACAACAACAGUGCUACCCACAACACUUCAUCGCAAACGAAUGCAGUUACACACAAUAAUAGUGUUGCUCAAAGCUAUCAUCAACAGCAGCAGCUACAGCAGCAGCAACAGCAGCAACUGUCAAAGGUUCAAAUAAUGACAGUUGACACUGCCGCACAGACCCAAUCGACACCGUCACCAUCGCAACAGUCUUCGGCUACGUCGACCACCGUGGAACCGAUGAAGACCACCGCCCAACCGAUGGUGCGCGAAAAGAUGAAAGAGAUCAAUCUGCGAUUUAUCGCACCGGAAGAAGUACACACGACGGAAUACAAUCACGAUAAGAUUGUGUUUUUCGUAGGAACAGCAUGGGAAGAUGCCAUAUGCGGCAGCAAUGGUACCACAAAGUACUACGAAGGCCAGUAAUCGUGUGAGUGCCGGUAUAAACUAAUUCAACAGCAAUAGUGUGUAGUGCAAGUGGGGAUAACCAUUAGCCGUAUCAGUGUAUCCAACUCGCUAAGUCAGUUAGUUUGUAAAUACAAGAGCAACAAACAAUGCGCGCUUGCUGUGAAACGUCUAGGUCAAAAACUAUGGUUUACGAAAUCGAGACAAAAACAAAAAAAAUGCUUAGCAUUCGCAAAACAAGAAACUAAAAAAAAAAAAUGGGAGGAACGAUAAACCAGCAGUCGAAAAGCUGAAAAUUGAACAGGGUUCAGGAUGCACAACUAACUGCGGGUGUGUUGUAUAGAUUAAGAGCAAAAAGUAUAUAUAUAUACAUAUAGAUAAACAUCAUAAGAGUACGUUUAAAAACACUAGAAUGCAGCAAAACCAGUAUGCAUCUUCGAUUGCGCACGGAAUCUGUUGUUGUUUACUACUAACGUCGCAUCGCCUAUGUUUGCGGAUGUGUUGAGCGCAUGGAGAGAGCAAAUCAUGUUUUUCGUAUUUUUUUAUUGUUUACACAACAUUCUAAGUUACCCUCACACCCGAUCUGUUUCUUUUAUCGUUUGCACGUUUGCAUCGCGAUCCGUCUAAUCGUACGCCACAUGCCCUAUUAAAAUAUCGUUAGGAAUCAUGGUACAUGGUUAUAUACGGAUAGGCUCUCCGUAUCCGUGCCAUCACGAUUCUCGGAGUUGUCUCUUUGUGGCGAAAAGGAUUUCUUCUGCGUUAUGCAAACAAAGGACAGAGAUGCAACAAAUAUCAACCAAAUAAGUGCUGUCAUCCCAGAUUUCGCAUUGCAUUGAAACUCAACUAUAUAAACCACACACACACACACUCACAUUUAUGUGACUGUUAAAGAAUGCUCGAAUGGUAGGGAAGGAAGGGUGACCAAUUGUCUUUGUUUUAGUUUUCAUUGUUAAACCUGCUUAUCAAUUCUCUCGUUUGUUUCGUAUUGCUUUGUUUUAGAAAACCCUGAAACAGCGUAUUGUUACAUGGACAAUAUAGGAUACGUUUAUAAAAACAAAAACCCUACGAUGUGUCCGAUGUAGAUUUCGGAGAAGUUGUUCUCCCAUUGCUUCACAGUAAGUUGUUAGGAUGAAGCGAUGAUAAAUGGAAGUUAGAGAACAAGCAAAGAAGAGACGUCAGUCUGUGGAUACUAGGCACCUGCAAUACCAAGUAGUGGGACAUACAUGUGUAGAAAGUCUAUAAAACCAUUAAAAACCCCGACAAAAAAGCUUAAGAAAAACAGCUUAACAUCAUAAAAGCUAGUUGUAAAGCACGAUGUAACCAGUUAGUAUGUUUAAAACGCAAAAGAGAGGGAAAUAUGCUAGAUGUAUCAUUAGCGUGUGUGCGAGCGGAAAGUUUGUGUCGGUGAUCUGGAAUGAAUGCGAGAAGCAUGUGUGCGAGGUUUCGUCAAUGUGUAUCAUGGUAGAACAAACAGCAAUCGGGUGAAUUUUCUGAAAGCAGCGAAUGUGGGUGGUACGAGAGAAACGCGCUGUACGUAAGAGAAGCCGCGUGUGUGCAUGUGACUGUUGUGUGUGUUUGUAAAGUAGUGCGAAUAAAUUAUUAAUACUAAAAAAACGGUGGAAAAAAGAAGGUAACAUAACAACCAAUGUGAUUUUAGUAACUAAAAAAUGUAGAGACGAGAGCAAAUACUGAAAAAAAACUUAUAAAAAGAAAGAAACAAACGAGCGCCAGGUAGAGGGAUAGGGUUAUAUAAAAUAUUACACACUAGGAGGAUGUAAAAAUAUAUGGAAAUGCGAUUGCGAGGGUCGUAACAGACGUGCAACACUUAUAACUUGCAAGGGCACCAUCCAGUGGGAAAAUUAAUAAGAAAAAGAUCAAACAGUGCAAGAAGCAGCAGUGUGAUAGUAUUUAGAGGGCGAUUUUGUCGUACUAAUGCAAAAUCAUCAUCUUCUCCUCGUGGCAGAGUGUAUAAUAUACCCUUCCGAUGCAAACGACCGUUUGGCGUCAAAGUUUGUAGAGACACGGGAAAGAACAAUGAGUCAAUCAGGAAGGAGAAAACAAAAUCCUUGUCCAGGAGCUGCGUCAGUGGUGACGACGAGUGUCGAGUUAACAAUCGAAUUUGUGUAGUGUGGAACGAAACCGCAUAUGUGAGACACACAGUCGAAAGUAUGCUAGUGAAACACGUAGUGCGUGAUGUGCGCUGCCUGGGGUUAAUAAGGAUAGGCAUUCUCGAACCUUUUACUCCACAGCGAUUGACGGUGUUGCUGUGAACGCGCAUACAUAGCAGCAUUAGGAUAGUACGGGGGUAACGCGAUGGAGAUGAAUGUCGACGUGUAGGCAAACCAACACAGCGAGAAAGCAACAGUGGUAUCUCGUAUUGUUCAGAAGGAAAAAGCAUUCUUUCUGCCGAAAUGCCGCAAGCCUUGCUGAACAGUAUAGAGGUUUUGUUGUGUUUUUUUUUCUAGUGCAACAAGCCAUGCCCGUUAAUAAUCGAUCUAUACGGACUGCAAACCGAUCAGAGCUACUGUAACUGUAAUUAAGAGUUAUAUUAUAUAUACAAUAUUUAAAGCGAAAACUUUCGUUACGGUCUCGCUGGGUAGGCAAGGGGGAAGAUGUGGGAGAUAUGUGUGUUAUGGGCCGGAAAGCAAAGCCGGAAGUCAAAGGUAUGUAGAAGCUUAUUAGAGUUGAUGUGAAACGCGUAAAGUUUGUGUUUGAGCCAAGAAACAUAACACGUAAACGUGUUACAAACACAAAAACAAAAACAACACAACUCAAAAACAAAAAGAACAAAAAAACAGUAACAAGAAAAAUGUGGUUAUAAAAAUCAUACAAAAGUAUCAAAAAAAAAAAAAAACACAAUAAGUCACACAGAAAAUUGCUUUUGCUAGGAGAGGUUAUUAGAAGGGAAAGCGGACCGCAAAUGGUUUAGGACCGACGAAAAAGGCAAAUGAGAGAGACAGGGAGAAAGCUUAAAAUCUAUUACUAUAGUCAUUAGGAAUCUUAGGAAAAUCGAUAAAAUCAAUGAAUGAUGGUGAGAAUCAAGGGUCUAGAAAGAAAAGCAUUAAGUGGAAUAAAUAGCAGAACGGAUGAUGGGGUCCGUAUGUGUUCGAUUAAAGAUAAGCUACCUUCACUCUAUCAAAGGUGAAAAAACACUACAAAGCAAAAUAAAAAAAAAAAGGAAGGAACACGUGUACCACCACCAGCCAAAACCACCAAAACUGGACGAGAAUUAAAGUCGGAUAGGCAAAGUAGAGAAGAAGUGUCCCCGGAACUGGAUAGCAUGAAAUAUGGGGUUGAAGAACAAAGGAACAAAACAGAAAAAAAAAACAAAAAAAAAUGAAUGAAAAUAAAACCAUACCGACACAUAAAAACACACACAUAUUAGGAACCAAGCCUUCAUCAGUCACAGGAUGAAUGUGUGGGCGAAAUAAGGAAGCAAAAAAAAACGUAUAGGAAGUGAAGGUAUGCGUGACAAAAUACACACAUUUAUUAGAUAGUUUCGGAAAAACAAAGCAAAUGAAAUGAAAAUAAAAAAUAAACGAAGCGGAAGGUAAAACCCAGUAAUAAGUUAUAUUAGGAAGCGCGAAACUGAAACAAUAGAAAUACACAAUAUGUAACGAAAGGAAAAGAAGAAGAAAAAGAAAAACACACACACGCUCACAUACAUAAACCCCUUCCUUCCCGUGUAAACGUACAUCUUGUAUACACUCACCCACAUACACGUACACACACACAUGAAUGCGUAUCUAUAGCGUUACAAAUUGUGACGAUGUGUAGAUCAUUGUAUUUAGCGAUGUGAACCCAAAGCUCUGGUGUAAGAAGUGUGGUAGAGUUUUUGUGUGCAAGGAGUGCGGGGUAGUAGGAAGGAGGGGAAGACUUUUUUGUUGUUGUUGCAUAAUUGCAAAACGCGCGCUAUUACGAAGAAGAUAGGGGUGAAAUGGGGGGAUUGUAUCCGGGGGAAAGCUAAUGAACCGGACGAAGAAAGGUAAGGAAGUUAGGAAAGAGAAUAAACUUUGGAAAAGUAGAAUGUGAAAGAAGCGGAAUAAAAAGAAAAAGAGAGAGAAGAGGGAGAGAGAGAAAGAAAAAAAAAAGAGAGAGAGCAAGCAAGAAACAGAUAGGAUAUUAAAAGUCAGCUUCAACAAAAACCAAUACCGCAAUAGGCAAAACUUCAAUAGACCAGCGCAUACAUACGUGCGUGCACAUCACACACACACACACACACACACACACAUACACACAUACACAUACACACACACACACACAAACAAAAGUACACAAAACCAUACACAACACACAUAGAAACAUAUGCAGUUUGGGUCGAAAAUUAAACACAGCCAGGAUUCAAAAUCUAAUUUAGUAGUUAAGCUGACACGUUAAAAGCGGAAAACGAAAGAAAGUACAGUAGGAAUGGGAUACAACUGCUGCACAUUUCAAGUUCCUCUCCUUACGCUAUUGGUAAGCUUUCAUUGGCUUUCACUUUCAUUAUCAACUGGACAAGUUGGAUAAAAACACAUAUUGGUUUUAUAUAUUUCUUUUUUUUAUUGUAGUUAUGCUACUAUAAAACAAAGCUUACACCAUUUGUUACAAAAAUCAACCACCUAAUAUGGUAAUUGUGACAUAUAUGUUUUUCCUUAUCCUUUUUGCUAUAUUUCCAUCAAUGAACAGUGGAUGUUUUGUCCUGAAACCUUUACAGGGGAAAGUAAUAAUCUGGCAAUUCAAAACUGCUAAACGAUAUUUGAGUCUUAAUGAGUAGUGGAAGGAGAAAGUACUAGAGAUGUCUUUUCAACUGUUCGUUGAUUUUCGGUUAUGACACCUUUUAGUCCAUAGUUGUGUAUGUGUGACAUAAAUAGAGAUAAAGA